ACUAGUAAUAACAAUAAUAUUUGUUCAACUUAAAUUUUCACAAAGAUACCCGCGAAUUAAAACAGUUACACUUUAUUAUUAAACACAAGAGGACGCAUACGACGAUACAGCCUGCAAAUAAAUGCAUUUUGAAGAUGUACUCUAUAUUCGCAUACUUUAAAGUGAAAGUACUGUCACCAUUAAUAAGAGCUCUGCAGAUUUCCAUCGUGUUAAUAUGCACACUUGUAUACAAAGACACGGACUAUCCAGCCCAGGCUUUGGUUAAUGAUGGACAGACUUUCGACUUUGUAAUCAUAGGCGGUGGUAGUGCAGGAUGUGUUCUUGCAAAUCGCUUAACCGAAAUCCACAAUUGGACUGUUCUCAUGAUAGAAGCUGGCGAUUAUCCCUCAUAUGCCUCCGAGAGUGCUGGUAUAUCUGUCUUAACAAGUCCUGCUUUGUCUAAUUGGGAUUUUUAUACAACAGAAAACAAAAUUUCACAUAAAGAACAAAAGCAUGGCGAUGUACAUCUCUUAGAAGGAAAAAUGUUAGGAGGUUCCAGCAGUAAUAAUUAUAUGUACUACGUUAGAGGCAACGCAGAAGAUUACAAUGAAUGGUCCAGAAUUGGUAAUAAGGGCUGGGAUUGGCAGAAUGUGUUAACGUAUUUCAAGAAAAGCGAAGGUUUGAGGGAUACUACUAUACUUGAUAGUAAUUCAGGUUCAUUACAUAAUACAGAUGGUUAUCUUGGUGUAACACGAUACAUCUGGGACGACGGCGCUUCUCAAAUGCUAGAAUCUUUUGCAGAAAGUGGCCAUAAAAUAUUAGACGAUCUAAAUGGACACGAACAAAUUGGUUAUGGAUUUCCUCAGUUUACAAUUGAUAGUGGUAUUAGACAAAGUUCUGCGGUAUCAUUCAUAAAACCAAUUAAAGAUAGGCAAAAUCUUUAUAUACUGCGGAAAAGUGUAGCAAGGAGAAUAUUAUUUGACGAUGAAAAUAAUGCUAUUGGGGUCGAAAUAAAGAAUGAUAUUGGAAAAAUUAUUCGUGUAAAUGCAAACAAAGAAGUUAUAUUAUCAGCAGGAUCAAUUAAGAGUCCCCAGUUACUGAUGUUGUCAGGUGUUGGACCUAAAAAUCAUUUAGAUGAAAGAGGAAUACAUAUAAUACACGAUUCACCCGAGGUUGGUGCUAAUUUGCAAGACCAUAAGCUUGUGCCUCUAUUACUAACAGGAGAAAAAAGCGGAUUCUCAAUAUUUAAUAAUUUUAAAGCAUUAAAUAACUUAGAUAAAUUUCCUGAAAUUAACCUUAUGGGAUUCGUUGCUCUAAAUAAAAACCAAACAUAUCCUGACUACCAGGUUACUGCAUUUCCCUUUUCAACAGGUUCACUUUAUACUACGCUAAUGUGUACGGAAGUUUUUAAAUGGAAUGAUGAAGUGUGUAUGGCUAUAGCGGAUUCAUCAGCACAAGAUAUAUUUUAUGCACUGAUCGUAUUAUUGCAUCCAAAAUCUAAAGGUGUCAUUCGAUUAAAAUCAAAUAACGCUGACGAUCAACCAAUUAUUGAUUUAGGUUAUUUCAGCAACGCAGCUGACAUAGAAACUUUUGCUAAUUGCAUUGAAGACUAUUUAAAAGUAUCAAACACAACAUACUUUAGAAACAUUAAAUCAAUAUUAGUAGAUCUUAAUGUUAAACAAUGUGAAGGUAUGACGUUUGCAUCUCAUGAAUAUUGGAGGUGCUACUCUGUAGCCAUGGCAGCGUCUCAGUUCCAUCCAGCUGGAACAUGUGCAAUGGGGCCAAAUGGAGUAGUAGACGAUCGUUUGAGAGUCCACGGGGUGAACAGACUCCGGAUUGUAGACGCAAGUAUAAUGCCAACUAUGACGAGUGGAAAUAUAAAUGCACCUGUUAUUAUGAUCGCUGAAAAAGCAUCUGAUUUUAUCAAAUUUGAUCAUGGAAUCACUGAAUAGUGAGUAAGUUUAUAUUCUUGACUAAUUUCUGCUGCAAAGUUUAUUUUAAUGUUGCUCGACUGAAUUGUUAAAACACUAUGCCCGUUAUUAUGAAUGGACGCAUAAAUAUAUUGUAUAAAUGUUAGUCAGCUUUCAUAUGCUUUGGAUCACCAACCCGAAGGCUGUGUUUGACAUCAGUCAAUAGUUUUAUGAAGUCUGAAAGUUGUUCCAGCAAGUCUAUUUCUACCUCUUAUGUUUAUAUUGUGAUAAUCACUAUUCUUCAAAAGUGCAUGCAAAUAUUUAUGAACAUACAUUAUGUUGUCCAAACAUUGAUUUCUUUAAAUAAUUCUCUAAGCGAAUCACAAUCAAUAAUCACGAAUAACACAAUACAAUCCUUGCUGUCUCAACAUCAGACAAACAGCUACUCCGCUAAUAAGGCCCCGGCUUGGAACCUCUCUAACCGGUAUCAUCAUUAAAUAUUACGCUCGCCCCGAUUGUAUAUGAUACCUCUUCCAAUGAGAUAAAGUCUUGCUCGUCGCCUCAUUAAUUCUUAUAAAAACUUAUAUUUACAUUUCUAUGAAAUUAAAUUAGGAGGUAAUACUAUUAUAGCAAGGUUAGCGUCGGUUGCUCAGUUGGUUGAAUUAUUGACUCUCACCACAGAUCCCCGGUCCGACCCGGCCGACGUACCAAUGUAUUUUCGGUUCGAUGAAAAAACAAGUGAAUUUGCUAGAAACUGUGAUAACCAUAAUGUUAACACCAGGAACAAAAUUAAACAUAUAAUAUAUAAUGCCUACUACUCGGCUAAGUCGAGUUAAUAAGUCUUUUGUGGGGCGAUGAAUAUAUGUCUUUACAACAAGAUCCCAGAAAAUGUUCAAAAAAAAUGUAGUACAAAUUCAAAAGAAUCGUUAAAAAACGUUUGUUCGGUUAAGGUUACUAUAACAUUAAUGAUUUUCUUGAUUAUAUGUACCACAGAUUGGGAAUGGAGCGACCGCUAUUGAAUAAUAAAUUUUAUCGUACAAUUUUACAUUGUAACUAUAUUUUUAUGAAAAAAAGAAGCGCGCUGAGUUUCUUGCCCGUACUUCUCAAGUAGGCAUACCUACUUUUUUGAAUAGUAGUGUAGUACUGAUAAUCGUAAAGUCAAUAAAGGACGUAAUAAUCGA